CAGUAGCAGUGAAGAGGAAGAGAAGAAAAAAAAAAUGAGGACUUCAAUGUUGAGAUCCGCUGAAUCCGUUCUCAGAAGAGGAAGGGUUUCUUCUUCUUCUUCUUCUUCCUCCUUUUCUCAUCUACUUCGCCGAUCUUAUUCAUCCGAAUCUCAUCCCGACCGUAAAGUCGCCGUCUUAGGAGCUGCGGGUGGGAUUGGUCAGCCCCUCUCCCUUCUCAUGAAACUAAAUCCUCUCGUUUCUAAGCUUGCUCUCUACGAUAUUGCCGGCACCCCCGGUGUUGCCGCCGAUGUCAGCCACAUCAACACUAGAUCUGAGGUUGCUGGGUACAUGGGCGAAGAGCAACUAGAGCAGGCUCUAACAGGAUCUGAUGUGGUCAUCGUUCCUGCCGGUGUGCCAAGGAAACCCGGAAUGACCCGUGAUGAUCUCUUCAACAUUAAUGCCGGUAUCGUUAAGUCUCUCUGCACUGCCAUCGCUAAGUACUGCCCUAAUGCACUGGUUAAUAUGAUCAGUAAUCCCGUGAAUUCCACCGUUCCUAUUGCUGCUGAGGUUUUUAAGAAAGCGGGAACAUACGAUGAAAAGAAGCUAUUUGGUGUGACUAUGCUUGAUGUUGUGCGGGCUAAGACCUUCUAUGCUGGCAAGGCCAAGGUUAAUGUUGCAGAGGUCAAUGUUCCUGUUGUUGGUGGUCAUGCCGGUGUUACCAUUCUCCCUCUCUUCUCCCAGGCAACGCCCGAGGCCAAUAAUUUGUCGGAUGAAGAAAUUGUGGCUCUUACAAAACGAACACAAGAUGGAGGCACGGAGGUUGUGGAAGCGAAGGCUGGGAAGGGCUCUGCGACAUUAUCAAUGGCUUAUGCUGGAGCUGUUUUUGCUGAUGCUUGUUUGAAGGGACUUAAUGGAGUUCCGGACAUUGUGGAAUGUUCUUUUGUGCAAUCAAGCAUCACAGAACUACCAUUCUUUGCCUCUAAGGUUAAGCUUGGAAAGAAUGGUGUCGAGGAAGUCUUUGAUUUGGGUCCUCUCUCAGAUUAUGAAAAACAGGGCCUGGAAAAUCUCAAGUCCGAACUGAAGGCCUCUAUUGAGAAGGGAAUCAAGUUCGCCCAGGGGAACUGAUUGUGUUACUUUUCUGCUCUACAAGGAGGUUGUGCGACCCUGUAUUUAGAAACUUCACAAUUUUGCAUUUGCACUAGAGUUCCACAUAUUUUAUUCAAUGUCUUACAACUAGUCGGAUUGGUAAACCGGCAGUUGGUUGAGGAA